AUGAUAACUGACAUAGAACUCCAGGAGUUCAUUCAAAUUAGACCUGCUGAAGCUGCGGUGUUGAAAAAUACAAUGGAUAAUCCCACAACAACGCCGCUUCCAGCAGUGAAGGUUCACAUCUCACCACCAAGCAGCCGAAUAGUUAAACUGUUUCAUGAUUUUUUCAAUGGUUUGAUCGGUAUGGAUAACUUAGAAGAAUUACAGGCAAGACUCUUAUUUCAAGAAGGGUUUCUUGUGACACCGUAUGCAAAAAUCAAGUUGCUUUAUCAAAAACCUAAGAAUAAUUUGAAUUUUGUUACCAUCGAACCUCGCACUGAGCUUGUCAUAAAAGUUAAAACAUCCAUAAGCGAUGGCGAAAUUAUUAUACCCCACCAAAAAAUCCAUAAUUGUGAAAUACCGGAAUGCUUGACUAUUGCGAAAGAUAGUUAUGCUUUGACGACCUUACUGAACAAUACGACAGAUACCGUUACACUCGACUUUUCUGAACCCCUUUCUGUUGAACCAUUUUACCAGUCUAUACAUCCGACGAUAUGUCAAGAAUUUGAUCUUAAUAAUAUCAACGAUUCUCCAGAAAAUAAACUAGACUAUUCCAAAAUUAGAGUAGACCACCUAAAUUCAGAAGAACACUACCCCAAUUUAAACCCUGAACUAGACGAUAUCUCAAUGAUUGUCAACUUGGACAAUGAAACAGAUCAACCUGACUGUCAGGAACUUCCUACCGUUGACAAUACAAAUACUGACGAAGAUAUAAUCAAUGAAACAGAACAAACUGACUACCACGAACUUCCUUUUGUUAUUGACAAAACCAAUACUAAUGAAGACGAACUUGACAAAGAUGAUGAAACCCGGCACUCUAAUAAUCAACACCCGGUUGUUACAAUUCCUAUAUCAGACCAACCAUUGAACUUUGGCCAAAAUCAGAUCGUAAUUAAAACGGUCCUGCACUCUCCCGCCAAGCCGAAAAUCAUAAUUUUAUUCGAGAGAAAACAGCGGCUAUUAGUGCAAAUUUCAAAGAACAACCUUGAAUCAGAUGUUGUAAAUUUUGUCAAGGAAUAUAUUGUACCCGAUGUCCCAUACUAUAUAUAUUUCGAAGAUCCUGACAUAUACGAACCCUUCUCAGGCGCUUUACAAAAGUAUUUUAAAUGGCCCUCUAUCAAGUUUAAAAGGUGUCUUGAAAAACUUCUAGACAUCACUAGUAAUGAUGAAAUUAAAAGUUUAAUACAAAAUUAUCAUGAAGGGAAAUCAAAUCAUCGCGGGAUCGAUGAAACCUAUUCUCGCUUAAAACAAAAGUACUAUUGGCCAAAUUUGAAAAGUUCCGUUCAGUCAUACAUAAAUGACUGCGAAAUCUGUCAACAAGCCAAAUACGAGAGACACCCUGUUAAAGCGCAAAUGAAUAUCACUCCCACUGCUGUGAAGCCAUUUGAAAUAAUUCACAUGGACACAUACACAUUUGAAAAAUCUAAAUUUUUGACCAUUAUCGAUAGUUUUUCAAAGUACGCUCAAGCUUACCAUCUCAAUUCAAUGACAGGUACCGAAGUAGCUGACAACCUUAUCCGAUACUUUUCCCAUCAUGGAAUCCCGACACAAGUUAUUACUGACAAUGGCACCGAGUUUAAAAACUCAGUCAUAUCCGAGUUAUUAGGUUUACAUGGAAUCGAAAUACAUUUCUGUUCCCCGAACCAUCCCCAGUCAAAUGGCGUAGUCGAAAGAUUUCAUUCGACAAUAUCUGAGCAACUCCGAAUUUUAAACACUCAAGGCUUUCAAAAAACAUCUGUCCAAAUGAAAAUGAUAUACGCAAUCUUAGCAUACAACAACUCUGUUCAUUCUGUGACUAAAUUAAAACCCAUCGAUGUCAUAAAUGGUCAUCUCAGUGAAAAAGAUACAUUUGACAUCAGCUUAGACCAAAUUUUGUUGAAUGAUUAUGUAGAACAACACAAAGCACGCAGUAAGCUAUUAUAUACCAAAAUCAACGAGGCGCUUGUUCAAAAUAAAGAAAAAGUAAUUGAAAAGGCAAACAUAGCUCGAGAUAGUGCAAAAAUAUUUCAACCAGGUCAGAAAGCAUUCGUUAAGAAAAAUAUACGUCAGAAAAAUGCAAAUAAAUUCCAAAAAUCAUGUACACUAACAUCAGUCGAUCCUGGUAAAAAGACCGCUACUACUGAUAAACACAAUAAAGUACAUAUCGAUAAUUUGAAGCGUCCCCUUCGCAAACCAUAUUCAUUUAGCAACUAA